AUGACUGAGGUGGAGCCUGUGCUGGAUUUUGCAUCAUCAGGGCGCACUGGCCGAAGGAACGCCUUGCCAGACAUCCUGGGCUCACCAGCUGGCGUCAGCCCCACGGACUUGCCCUUGAAACUGGCAGAAAUGUCUAUUAACUCAGACAGAUCACAAGAAAUGCAGUCACCAGCCACAGAGCUGCCCCCACCAGCACCCCAAAGUCCAGAGUUGAAAGAUACCUCUUAACCCUUCCUCCUGGAAGUCAGCUGAAGAAGGAGAAGG